AUGGCUAGAAUAGCAUCAUCACUGACUUUAAGUCCAAGUGUCCUACCUCAGGGAGGUUCCAGGUAUUCUACAGGGGGAAUUGGUUUAAAUGCUCACCAAGAAUCACAAUCAUCUCAUUAUACCAGCAGUAGCGGUAGCAAUAGCAACACCAGCAACAAUUACGGACUGAUAUAUGCUGAACAGAAUCGAGAGUUAGCUAAACGAAAUGCCAUGCUUUUGAGAUUGCUAAAACGUAAAAUUACUCAAAUGACAAACAACAAAUCAAUCCCAGAUGAAAAACUACGAACCAUUGAAUCUAAAUAUAUAUUCGGCAUAAGAGAAAUGAUUAAUGCAUUUACAAAGCUUAGAUCUGAUCAAGGAUUGCCUGAAAAUGAGGAAUUGUCAUCUAUUGCAGAUAUGCUUUGUCGACCAAUCACUUCCACUCCAAUUGAAGUUGGAAGAUCUUCAUUCCCAGCCUUCAAUUUAUCUGCAUCGCCUGAACCACAAGCAGUAAGUUAUUUUACUCCAGUUAGGUCAAUAAAUGACUCAGAGGAUGAUUUCUUGGGAGAUUCAUUCGAUGAAAGAGAUGAGAAACAAGAAAAUAAAGUUUCUACUAUUUUGGAAGAGAGAGAACUGACAAUUGAGGGAAAGGAACUGCAUAAUGAUUUACUUAUCGAUAUGAACAAACCAUGGACACCACCAACUCCUUCAGCUUUAACUCCUUCACCUCCAGCAAAAUCUGCGGUAACUCCAACCACUACUGCUCUGGUAGUAGUUACUUUAAAAGUUAACCCAAAGAAGAUGAAAACGGAACAGAAUAAGGUCCCACCAACUCAGCAAAAUGAAAACAUCGGUGUCACCAAGCCUUCGAAAACUAACAUAAGUGAGGCAAAUAUCGACUACAAACCUAUACCAUUGGGUGUUAAAUUAAGACGACAAUCAAUUGGAUUGCUUGACGCCGUGGGUGAGAAUAUGUAUAACUAUGCCAUAAGCAGACCCAGUACCUGUUCACAGAAACGAAAAUCAGAGUCACCAGAAUUGGAAAGGUCGACAAAGAGAAAGCCAUUAUCAAAUGUUACCAAUGCCAAUAACCACCAUCAUCAAGGCAAGGGAGAUAAAAUUACCGAUCGCAAACCAGCUAAGAUUACAUCAAAACCAAAAAUUGCAGAUUCAUCGUCGAAUAUUGCUGACCAAGAAAACGUGCUUGAUGGUUCAGUAUUUGAUUUCGACAUUCAAGAAAGUAACCAAAAACAUAGCUAUAACAGAAAGAAUCGUAGUAGCACAAUUAGCAUUACAUAA